AUGGGACUACAAAACCAUCUUGCUAAAGACAUUGAAGAAUCACUUGGGCAGAACAGAACAAUGUUCUCUGUAGACACGAACGUUACCGCGCCGCUGGAGUUUGAUGCCGCCAUGAGAGAGAAGUACGAGCGGUUACUGCUGGACAGCAUACGGAGUGAGCUUCUGUACACGUACUCCACGCCGCUCAGCGCGUGUCUGAUCGUCCUCUACACCAUCUGUUUCCUGAACUCCAUCGCUGUCCUGGUGCUGAUAUGGGUGGUCUCCAUGGCCAUCAUGGCGCCGCUUCUGUUCGUGAAUCACCUUGACCACGUCACGUUAGACUUCGGACUGAGCGAGAACUUGACUCUGACGAUCUGUAAGGAAGACUGGCCCAGCGACGCGGGGAAGCAGCAGUACAGCGUGGCGCUGUUCGUCUUCCAUCUCCUCAUCCCCGCCGCCAUCAUGAUCGUAGCGAACGCCCUGGUGGGGAAGAAACUGUGGCGCGCCGACGACGUGGACGAGGUGGAAAACAACGCCACACGAUUGGAAGGUAUCCGAAUCUCCCAUGCCGUCGUCACAUCCGGCUUGAAGCGACAGCGAGGUGUGGUCAAGAUGCUGGUGGCUCUGUUCAGCGUCUUCUUCGUGUUCUGGACCCCCUACUACGUCAUCACUCUGUGGCUCGACUUCCGAAGUGGGAAGCACUGGGAGGACAACUCUGUUGCCGGGAACGUCUACCCGUUCUCCCUGUUCCUGGGCCUGGCCAACUCUGCCAUCAAUCCCAUCUGCUACAGUCUCAUGAACGCGCGCUUCCGCGAGGCCACGAAGGACGUCUUCAGUCGGAGGAUGCCCUGGAGACCGCCUUCUUCUGAAACACCUGGACCUGAACAAGCGGCCAACACCAACGAUACUGGACAGGAUCCCACGGAGGUCUUCAGUCUGUAGGCGCUGCAGGUCGUCGAAGACGAAGGCCGCCACCGACUACCCUCCAUA